AUGGGUAAGGACCUAUCAUCAUUCCCUCUCCCAGAAAUUGACGAGUCAUAUGAUGCCUCAGAUAAUGAGGCUAGGGAGAUCAUAGAGGAGUCCACGAUAGAGGUGGACCCAGAACACCUUGGCUUGCCAUCUUUCCUAAACCCAGAACAGAGAUAUGCAUAUGAUGAGAUACUUGCGACCAUCAAUAGUGGCCAAGGAGGUGUGUUCUUUGUUGAUGGACCCGGAGGCACGGGAAAGACUUAUCUGUACAAAGCACUACUUGCAAAAGUACGUGCCGAGGGUAAAAUAGCUGUUGCAACAGCGACAUCAGGCGUUGCUGCAUCCAUCUUGCCUGGAGGGAGGACUGCACACUCAAGGUUUAAAAUACCAUUGAACACCGAAGACGGUGGGGUCUGUAGUUUCACCAAGCAAAGUGGGACAGCUAAGCUUCUUAUGAGGGCGUCCCUCAUAAUUUGGGACGAGGCCUCCAUGACAAAGCGGCAGGCGGUCGAGGCCCUUGACAAUAGCAUGAGGGACAUCAUGGCUCGACCUGACUUGCCGUUUGGUGGAAAGACAAUUGUGUUUGGGGGAGACUUCAGACAAGUACUUCCUGUUGUUCGUAAGGGAACAAGGUCCCAAAUAACUGACGCGACGCUGCGUAAGUCUUACCUUUGGGAGAAUAUGAGACAACUAAGACUUGUCCGUAAUAUGAGGGCUCAAAGCGAUCCAUGGUUUGCUGAUUACCUUCUCAGUGUUGGGAAUGGCACUGAAGAUACCGUGGAUGAUGAUUACAUACGGCUUCCAGAUGAGAUUUGUGUACCAUACACCAGCGACGCCACUGAUAUUGAUAAGCUUAUUGAAAGUGUUUUCCAGAUGACCCUAGAAGAAAACCUCUUGGAUCCAAAUUACAUAACGUCCCGAGCAAUUUUGUCAACUCGGAAUGAGUACGUUGACAAGAUUAACAUGAAAAUGAUUGAGAGGUUUCCUGGGAGGAGAUGA